UGCAAAUGAUCCAAAUUAUGGACAAAGUUUGGCUCAAAGAAGGUCUUGAUUUACGAAUGAUUACAUUCUUAUGCACUGCAACCGACUUUCGGAAAGGAAUGAUAGAAAUGGUUCCAAACAGCGAAACGUUACGCAAAAUCCAAUUAGAGCACGGAUUGACCGGUUCUUUCAAAGACCGGCCAAUUGCCGAAUGGCUUCAAAAACACAACACCUCUGAACUCGAAUACCAUCACUCAGUCGAGAACUUUACGUAUUCGUGUGCCGGCUAUUCGGUGGCCACUUAUCUAUUAGGCAUUUGCGAUCGACAUAACGAUAAUAUAAUGCUCACCACUUGCGGUCAUCUCUUUCACAUUGAUUUCGGCAAAUUCUUGGGCGACUCACAGAUGAUGGCCGGAUUUAAAAGAGAUCGCGUGGCGUUUGUUUUGACACAAGACAUGGCGUAUGUCAUCAAUGGU